AUGGACUCCAACAUCUCUCUUCUCAUGAAUAUGUCUUCAGGGAACCCCAUGAAUAUGUCUGCAAGGACCCAGUCAGUAUCUGCAGGUCAUAUUGCUCUGAAUGUCUUCUCAUAUUUGAUGUUUGCAGUCACCUUUGUCCUUGGCGUGCUGGGCAACGGGCUCGUGAUCUGGGUGGCCGGCUUCCGCAUGGUACGCACAGUCACCACCAUCUCUUACUUGAACUUGGCAGUUGCGGACUUCUGUUUCACCUCCACUUUGCCAUUUUUCAUUGUCUCCAGGGCCAUGGGAGGGCACUGGACAUUUGGUUGGUUUAUGUGCAAGUUCAUAUUUACCAUAGUCGACAUAAACCUGUUUGGAAGUGUCUUCCUGAUCGCCCUCAUAGCACUAGACCGCUGUAUUUGUGUCCUGCAUCCGGUCUGGGCUCAGAACCACAGAACCGUGAGCCUGGCCAAGAAAGUAAUCAUUGUACCCUGGAUUUGUGCUUUUCUCCUUACCUUGCCAGUUAUCAUUCGUGUGACCACAGUUCCUAAUAUACUUGAACCAGGGAAAACAAUGUGUACUAUUGACUUCUCCCCCUGGACCGAAGACCCUGUAGAGAAGAAGAAGGUGCAGGUCGCCAUGCUUACUGUCAGAGGGAUCAUCAGGUUCAUCAUUGGGUUCAGCACACCCAUGUCCAUUGUAGCCAUUUGCUAUGGGCUCAUAGCAACUAAAAUGCACAGGCAAGGCCUGAUCAAAUCCAGCCGUCCCCUGCGGGUCCUUUCUUUUGUUGUGGCUGCCUUUUUCCUCUGCUGGUGCCCAUAUCAGAUAGUGGCCCUAAUAGCCACAAUCAGAGUCCGUGAAGGCCAGAACGGUAUAACUCCAAACCUCAUGGUUGCAGUGAAUGUCACAAGCACCUUGGCUUUCUUUAACAGCUGCCUCAACCCAAUACUCUAUGUCUUCAUGGGCCAGGACUUCAGAGAGAAACUAAUCCACUCCCUGCCAGCUAGUCUAGAGAGGGCUCUAAGCGAGGACUCAGCCCAGACCUGUGACACAGGCACCAACUUGAGCACCAACUCCUCUCUACCUUCUAAAGACAGUGUACAAGCAGUGUGA